ACCCCUCAGACAUACAAAGACAGUGACUUCAAGCAGUACUGGAUGCCUGACAGCAGUUGCAGGGAGUGCUAUGAUUGUGGUGAUAAGUUUACAACAUUUCGGCGACGGCACCAUUGUCGAAUCUGUGGCCAGAUUUUCUGUAGUAAAUGUUGUAAUCAAGAACUGCCGGGAAAAAUCAUUGGCUACAAAGGCGGUAUACGAGUUUGUACAUACUGCUGCAGAGUGGUUCAGAGAUAUGCGUCUACUGGUGACUACAAGGGCCUAGAAGACUUACGGGCAUUUUCUCAGUUGUGUAAUGACUCUGGAAGUUUUGACUUUGGCCGCAGGUCAAUUUCACCAAAACUGUCUCUGGGUAUGGAGGAUGUCACUUCACAGAUCAGAGUUGAUUCACUACCUGAUCUACAAGGAAUGAUUACCUCAGAUAUGCACACACCUUUUGACUUGACUCCUCAGUCAGAGUUCUCCAGUCAGGAGAACCUCUUGUUGGAAAGCAAACUGCUCAUUCAGGACUCUGUGCAGCUGCGAGAGCUGUGGCGUCAAGUCUGUGAUAUAGAGGCUGGAGUUGAGAUCCAGACAAUGAGGGUUCGGCUUCGCACCCACCAGAAUUGCAUUGUGGGUAAGGAGUUGGUCGACUGGUUGAUCAAGAGAGAUAAAGCUGCUUCUCGGGAUCAGGCUUUAGCCAUUGGUCAAGCUCUGUUGUAUGCUGGCUACCUCGACUGUGUGGGGCACCAGUCCAUUAUUUUUAAAGAUGAUUUUACUCUGUAUAGACCAGGAGAGACGGCCUCAGCCUUGGAUAUCCUGGGGCAGCCUGAGACCAUGUCCACCAUCACCGAGGAAAUGGAGAAGAAUGAACCACUGUGGUUCCAGGAGAUUGGCCGAACUGGGGAUGAUGGUGUUGAUGGCCCUAACUUAACCCACUCAAGCCCUUCUGAUGACCAUCAUUCGACUAUGGUGGAUUCUGAAGGACAGAAGAGCAAUUCUUCUGAAUCUGACUCAAAGACUUUGUUUUACACUAAUGAGACAUCAAGGAGUGGAAGCUUCUCUGAAAUGCCCAAAAUUAUGACAAUGAUAUCCCGAGACAUCAUUGACGAGCCCCUUCCGAGACAAGACUCCUCAGUUCAUGGACUUGGAGACGAAUUUCUGAAAGGCGCACUGUUUCUACGCAACCCUCCAGUGCCAAGCUCAGAUCUGGUAACUUGUCCUCAUGGCUGGAGAUCCGUGGACCAGCUCAGGGAGGAGAAUGGAGAGAAGCUGGCAUAUGAAAGGCUGAAAAGAGCUCACAGUGGUCUGUGGCAUGCUUUGACUCGGCAGAUGUUGAGUGAGCAGUGUUUGUUGUCCAGCUGGGAGAUGAUUAUCUACAGUUGCAUCACACAGAUCAGCCACUUUGUGCACCCAGAUGUGAGACUAGAGGGAGAUGAUAUGGACAUACGCAAUUAUGUGCAUAUAAAAAAGGUACCAGGUGGUAACAAGAGUGACACAUCUUUGUUCCAUGGAGUUAUCUUCACCAAGAAUGUAGCACACAAGAAGAUGAAGACUAAGAUUGCAAAUCCUCUCAUCCUCCUCCUCAAGGGCACCAUUGAGUUUCAGAGAGUGGAGAAUAAAUUCUCCUCUCUAGAGCCCCAGAUUUUACAGGAGAGAGAGUUCAUGAGAAACUGUGUGAUGAAAAUGGUGGCAUACAGGCCUAAUGUGGUAGUUGUGGAGAAGUCUGUCUCACGGCUGGCUCAGGAGUACCUCCUCGAGGCCGGCAUCACUCUCCUGUACAAUGUGAAACCUAGUGUCAUGGAGAGGCUGGCCAGGUUUACUCAGGCAGACAUUGUCCCUUCCAUCGAUGGUUUGGUCAGCAAACCAAACAUGGGAUUCUGCCACGACUUCAGGCUUCAGACCUUCACACUUCCAAACAAAGAGACUAAAACACUGGCAGUGUUUGAUGGCUGUGCCACUCACCUGGGCUGUACCAUUGUUCUACGAGGUGGGACUCCAAGUGAACUCAGGAGGGUGAAGUAUAUUCUGAAGUUCAUGACAUACACAGCCUACAACUCCCUGCUGGAGCUAUGUUUCUGUAUGGAUGAGUUUGCCAUGCCCCAACCGGGCGCUGAUGAGCUGGAGCAACCAUUUGAAGGUCUGGAGAGUUCCACUGAGCUCAGCCUUGAUGAUACUUAUAGGAAUGAUAAUACAGAGAAAGCGAACUGGGAUGGAUCACCCAGGCUAAUUGGCAGCAUCAUGUGCAUCAUACCAAAGUCAUCUCUGCCAAUAAUUGUUGGGGGGCCAUCUCAGAUAGAUGUUGAGAGCUGCGCUGAAGCAGACAGAAAUGACUGUAAGAAUGUGUGUGAUUCUGCUGUCAGUGAACAACUUGAGGGUGAUGGUACUGAAAUAUGUUUACCUGAGGAUAAUGUUUUCAGUUCAUCAGAUGCCAACGUUGAUACAGGCAGUGAAACACAUGCCACAGAUGUUGUUGAAGGGGAGAUGCAGAUGAUUACCGCAGUGAAGCCUUCGCCUGGAGAUGAGAAUUUAGCCACCACCAAUACCACAAAUACUUUAAACCUGCCUGAUAGGUGUGGAAUACUCUCCUUUCAGUCACGCCCAAGUACAUCCAUACUUACAGAACUCACAGAUUUCAGUGAUCCGCUGCUCGGAUACCAGAACACCCACGAUGAAUCCAUCUUUAAUUCUGCCAGUGCUCAGAAGAUUGCCCUGAAAGAAAUCAAGCAAACCAAUUACAAACGUUUUAGGAAAGCCCUGGAUGGUGUCCACCUGUCGGUUUCACCCUAUCACAAGUAUUCUGUACCAUUCAUCGAGACAGACAAGGGUUCCCGGUGCCCCGUGAGAAAAUAUCUCCCAGAAGAAAUCUAUUGGUCAAAACUGUUUGAUGGGGAAGAAAAUCAGUGGCAGAUCAAGUCAAAGACCACUGACGUAGAGGCGCUGGCAAAAGUUGCUAGCAAGAACAAUAUACAGAUCCUUGAUCCGCAUUCUCUGAUCACCUGUAAGCUGACUGAGCCAAUCUGGGACAGUAAUACCCAGACUUUACUAGCAGAUUUUCGGGCAAGAGGUGGUCGUAUCCAGCUGGAUGAAGAUACUGGCAGACAAUCACAGGUGGAUGCAGGCAGCAAGAAAGUAGAUGAUUCUCAGGGAUUUGAUCCUUCCAUUUCAGGAUUACUGUGGGAGAAGAAGAUUGACUGCCUUGACCCAACCAACCACCAGAAGUUGAUGGUUUUGUUCAGCAGCUAUUCCUACAAGUCAGCCAACCACCCUUACCCCUGUGUCUAUCCUUGGGUUGUCACCAUGGAGUUUUAUGGACGUAAUGACAUCACCUUAGGAGGUUUUCUGGAGAAAUUUUGCUUCAGGAAACAGUAUUCAUGUCCUUCGGCAACAUGUGACACCCCCAUGACAGACCAUGUUCGUCGUUUUGUCCACGGGAACGCCUGCAUCAACGUCUUGCUGAAGAAUCUGGACAAUGAAGUGCCAGGCGGGAAAGAGAACAUUUUAAUGUGGAGCUGGUGUCGUAAGUGUAAACAGGUAACCCCAGUUGUUCCCAUCAGUGGAGACACUUGGAGCCUCUCCUUUGCCAAGUACCUUGACCUUCGGUUUCACUCAUCAUCAUUUCAACGACGCGGGGCGGCAGAACCCUGUCCACACUCUCUACACCAUGACCACUUCCAGUAUUUUGGUCAUCGGAACAUUGUGGCCUCUUUCAAUAUCACCAUUGUACUACUGGAACAGUUAGUAUUACCAUUGUACUACUGGAACAAUUUGGCCACAGAUCGCUACAGCCUCAUGCUGGAGAACACAAUGAAGCUGAAGCAGGAGUUGACAAGUGAUACUCACAUUAGAGCUAUAUCAGAGAUACUUUUGGAGCAGCAGAAUGACAAGAAGAGUUUCCGAGAUGCGGCCACCAACAUUCAGAUGAAGAUCAACUGUGACAUGACCUUUCACCUCUAUGCCAUAUUUGACAACAUUGAACUCCUCAAGAGGAAAAUAUGUGAGGAUGUCAGCAAGUGGAACACCAGGAUGCAGGAGUUUAUGCUUCUCCAACAGAAGAAACCCCGUGCCCAAGCCUCCAGUAAGAAAGACAAAGAUGUAGGGCAGUCUGCUACAGAGGAGGCAACAGCAUCCAUUUUGUCACAGGCUUCUAAUGUCAAUAGUACCUCAGAAGAUUUGUCAAAUGGUAAGUCUGUUGUGACUACUUCACCGGUAGUCACUGUUAUCAUCCCAGAACUACAAGUAACUGACGCAUCACCUGCAUCACUAGCAGUACCCACAUCAGCAUCAGCAUCAAAAGAAACAACUCCAGCAGUGGAAGGGUCAGAAGAAACGGCAGAGGGAUGGUUCCAGGACCUGAAGGGAGCAACAAGGAGAUGGCUGUCAACAUCUUCAUUCACACCAUUGCCACUUCCUUUCGACCCAUGUGAACAUCAUACGCUACAGAUGUGUGAAAGAGUCCCUGUUGCUGUGUAUGACCCUGAGCCAAGUUCUAUCAUAGCUUAUGCCUUAAG